UUAAAAAUAUAGAUAUCAAUUUAUAAUCAUAAAUAAAAUAAACCAAAAUGUGAAUAAAACAAAUAAGAGAACCGCCUUACAAUUAGUGCUUAAUAAUAUAUCUAUGUUAACUGUUAUAUUUUUGUGUUAAAAUAAAAUUUAUUCCAAAGUCUCGACAAAGAGUAAUCUGUAUUAGUUUCAAAAAAACUUGUUCCUAUGCCCUGCGUGUUGUUUUGAUAUCGAUUCCACGUUGCUCAUACACACAUUCAUAUGCAGGUAAGAAAAAACGAAGAAAACGAAAAGACCAGUCAGAAAGCUAGGCGGGCAAUAUCCGCCUUCUCGAAUCUUUUCGUACCAUUGGCCGUGACCACGCAAUAAAUCGAGCCAUUCAGCUUAAUGAUUAAUUAAAUAUAAUGACUGCACUUCCCCAUCUCCUCCAGUCCCCGUACCCAGUCAUGACUGAUGAACUGGCUAAGACAAUAUCUGUCUUGUGAGCCUUAAACCGAAUGCAGACAUAGAUGCAUGACCACGCUUGAAACAUUGUGAUCACAUAAGAAACCAUAUGUAUGUAUGUAUGGUGUCACAUCAGAUUAUUCGUCGUUACUUUUUUUACGAUAUAAAUAAAGUGAUCAGUUUAUGCGAACUGAAAAUCGAGAGAAAUUGCAGAGCUCUGACAGUCGCAAAUACCUAACUACACUAUUAUAUUAUUUUAUUGUUAAUAAAGUUAUUUUAUUAGAAAAAUUUUAUUUUUAUUUACUGAGUGAUAAAGUUUGCAUGAUAAAUAAAUUGCAAAUAAAUAUUUUUAACGUAGAAUACAAGUACACACACAUAGUAUACAAAUUGAAUAGCGCGUAAAAAAUUCUGUACGCAUUAUUAAUUAAUACAUGUAAUAAGGAGACAAUGAGAGAGCAUAAGUGCUUUUGAAAUUUCUGCAGAACUAUAUGUACGCAUUGCACAAGAAAAGAUGCAUCUUUGGAGCACCCGGUGAGUUUAUAAACUCGCUCACGCGUUAUAUACGCAUAGAUUUGUCUUCGCUCGAUGUCUCGCGCUGUUAGUAAGCAACAGAAGGUGGAUGGAAAGCAUCAUUCAGUCCGUGCCUCCUAAGUACACGAAAGAGUCGCGAGUCCACCUUUAUGGUAGUUAUUAAUAUCAAAUAGUCAGCCACCGUGCCCAUUACGGGCAUAAUGGGACACCAUUUUUUGCCGCGACAAUGAGGUACCCAGUUAAAAUGCUCGAUGUAUUUGCAUUAUUUAUGCGGAUGAUUAAGCUGUGUUAAUAUAUUCAACGGCACGACGUAGAACAGAAUGAUGUUAGACAAAGAUCACGUAUAAAUAGAAUGUAUGUGUGCACCGAAAUGCGGAGGCUCGUGAAAGAUUAGAUCCACAUAUAUGCACGCCAAUAUAAAGCAAAAUUGAACUUUAGUCUAAAGUUGGAACUGCUGAUCAUUUUUCCUCUUCUGUGAGCGAGCAUAAAUCAUCUUAGUUGUGUAUACCGAAGUUGCCAUAGCACUUUGAAGGAUAUGCAUAUGUUCUACUUCCUUAUUUGAUUAAUUACUAUUCCACGUGACGUAAAAUAUCGUUAAUCAUCCAUUCGACACUUUUCUUAUUUACCAAAGUGCAAAGGAGAUAUUUAAAUAAAAAUGAAAACUUAGCUUUUACCUCGUCUCAUUUAUUGAUAUUGUGUGAUUUUCAUAAUGCUAAGAUCCAAAUAAAUUCCGUAAAUUCUAACGUAGAAAAUAGAAUUAAUUUAUAAAAAUAUUGAAAAAUGUUUUAAUAUCAACAAAAGUAAUAUAUUUAAUUAGAUGUAAGUAAAUAGUAUCAUCUAAUUAAUUUAAAAAAUAUUAAAAUAACAAGAAAGCAUUUUAUAUGCAUACUUCUUUCAAUCAUUUUUCUUUCAAUAAUUUCUUUACAUCUACAAAAUUACAAUUAUUUAUCAUUAGAUUAAAUGUGAGUUAUUCGCCAGUAAUUUAUCAAUAGAUAAAAUAUUUUUUAUAAAUAAUAUGAUAAUGCAUAAUAAAUAACUCUCAAUUUCGCUGAGAAAUAACAAAAUAAUUUUUUCAUAAUUUUCUCAUAACAAAUAACAUGCCAUUAUUAUAAAUUUAUUAAUUCUAUAUACAUAAUAACAAUAAGAAUACGUAACUUGAAAACACUUUGUGAUACUCGAUUAAAAUAAAUCUGCAGAAUUAAAACAUGGAAUAAACAUGUUUCGAAGAAUUAUUUUCCGUUAGAGUCCAAAAAAGUUUACCUGGUAUAAGAAAGAAAGAAAGAUCAAAUAUUUUGUCAUCUGACAAAACCGUCUGAAAGAAAUCCUGGCAAGAGUGAAAAAUCAUUCCAUACAAAAGAAGAAAUACAAAUAAAAAAAAUGGAAUAAGAAAAGGAAAAAUAAAAAAAUACGCAUUUAUCUUAUAUUAUUGCGCAUUUCAUUCAUUGUAUUAAGAAAAUGUUAAAAUACAUAAAAACUCGUACUUUAUCACGCAGUUACUUAUUUUACGAGCUUUCUUUUCAUGUUUUUUUGUUUAAGUAAUUAUUAACGUAUCUCUUUAAAGAAAGACAAUAAAUUCAUAAAUAUUGACCAUGUUGUGGUUUAAGUAAAUUGUUUUAUUCAGAAUAGUAAAAAAUAGACUUUUAUAAAUUUUUUCUAAUUAAAAUAAGUCUUUAACUAAAAAUUUUUAUGUUUAUAUAUUAUUAUGUUUUACAUGUAAUUUAAAUAUACAACUUUUAAUUUCUCUAUAUCUUUUUACAAGUUACGAAAAGUUGAAAAAAAUGUAACAAAUAAUUUUGGUUAUCCCUUUUACACACAGCAUAGAAGACAAUUAAGAAAUUCGUCCCGGGGGGGGGGGGAUUCUAGCAAAUAAUUUAAAACCUAAAAACCACUAAAACUUUUAAUCGAUACUUUUAUAAUAGCAAUAAAUCUUUGUUAUUGCAAGUAUGGCUGUUAUUUUAUCUUUAUUUGCGUCGUAAUUGUCGUGUAAUUUAUCAUCAAUUACCACACAAUAAAAACUAAAUUUCACGUUUUAAAUAAAAAAAAAACAAGUGCAUAAAAUUUCCGUACAGUUAUACGUUUCAAGUGACGUUUAUGUAUCAAAAGACAGGAGGAUAGUUUUUCGCACAAUGUGCAUAAAAUCGCUGCGCGUCGUUUUCAAAUCACAGGGCGUGAACCGCGUGCAAAAUUGCGACAUGCGCUUUGGUAGGCGCGACGCCUAUCCGCCCGUGGUAAAUUAACGGGCACCUCCCUGUUCAGUGGCCUCCAAUGACUGGUGAUGCCGUUGGCGCCAAUGGUACGCUGGUAACCGUCAGGACACGUUCACCAGUGGUAGAGACCACGGUUUACAUUCGCGCCGCCAGGACGGUUCGGUAGGGGUAGAAGGCGGUCUUAACCACAGUGGGGCGGCGAAACACCAGGUUGGACGAUGGUGCACAGUGGUUAAGCUACAACGAACGAGGAGGGAAUGAGAACGCGCGCGGCCUGCAGAAGAAGAAGGGAUCCCCGAAAUCGGACGCGUCGCCUCGGUGGGAGUCCUUUACUUUCAGUCCCGCUGUGCACGCAGCGAGGAGCACUACGUGUAUUCAUCCUCAUCGCACCCGGGACGCCGUCAUCGUGUUGUUAUCGUCACCGCGUUCAUCAUACUAAGAAAAGAUAUUGUGUUUACUUUCCGAAAAUACCGAAACCGAUUACGCGCAAGUGAUGAAAAACAGAUGAUUGAUCGAUUGCUAAUUAAUGCUCCGUUCAUUCCAAGAUCCUUUAAAAGUGUCAUAAUUUACACGUGACAAAUGUACCUUCGAGCGAGUUCGUGAUGUUAUACGUGAAAUGUGAGGUCGCUCGCUAAUCGGGACAGAAUGGGACUUGUGUUAACAUGGAAAUAUGAAUAUUACGAAAUACGGAUUUCACGAAAACUUAGAACAGGCAGCUUAAAAAGACUAGUGCUCCUAGAAUGAAGUGUAUUGUGACCUGUAUGCUUCCUACAUUCAAUACACGAUUUUGCUGUAUUUAUUAGAAUUCUAUAGUUAAGUCUAUAGUUCUCAAAGAGAUUAUUCUGGUCUGUAGUUCUGGAGAUAGAGAAUCUAAUCAAAUCAAGCGACGUAGAAAAUGUAUAAAACAUCUCCCUUGCCUGACGAUGCGACCUAAAUCACAUCAUCAUAGACAAAGUUUUUUGGUGCUACUUUUAAAGUUACGCCAAUCGCGAUAAUGAGUUUUCUAGAGAGUAUGCCACCCCAUCCACAUCAUAUUGUCAACCUGGGUAUCAAGUUGUCACCCGGAGAUGGUGGGACAACCGGUGGAUUAUCAGAUCCCGGUGCAAGCAUUCAGCCACCUCCGGGAACCGAGGCACCGUCCCAGCAACACCACCACUUCCAUCCUCAAGGCUACCCGCCGCAUCAUUCUCACACAGCUCCUCACAUGGCUCCUCACAUGGGCCAUCACAUGGGCCAUCACCCUGGUUACGCGCGUGAGUUUAUCAUUCGACGCGAGCAUGAGAUAGCAACAGCAAGUCCUACCACCCCCGAAAGCGGUGGACUAGGUCUAUUCUCGCCGUUGCAUCAUGACGGUACGCCCGCGACGAUGCAACAAUUUCCUCAUCAUCCCAGUCAGCAUCCACUAACUGCCACUCACUAUCCUGGGCACUAUCCCCAAGAUACCAGGCCGCUACCUUCUCAUCACCAGUACAUCGGCUCGCCGCACAUGACGCCGACCGCUAUCCACCACCAGCAACACCCGGCCAUGAACCAUCCGAGUCAUCCCAGCGCCUUCUUCAGAUUCAUGAGGCCUAACGGCGCCGGCGGCGCCGGUGGCCACGCGGGCACCGUCGCCAGCGGCGGCUCGAUGGAAAUUGUGUGCAAGUGGGUAGAUCAAGACCCAACGUUACCAGAAAAUGCAAGAAAAAUAUGCGGCAAGAUUUUCAAUACUCUCACCGAUAUCGUGACGCACCUGACAGUGGACCACGUGGGCGGACCCGAGUGUACAACGCACGCGUGCUUCUGGCAGAGUUGCUCGCGUAAUGGUAAGGCCUUCAAGGCCAAGUACAAACUCGUGAAUCAUAUACGAGUGCACACAGGAGAGAAACCGUUCUCGUGCCCGUUUCAAAAUUGCGGCAAAGUCUUCGCCAGGUCGGAGAAUCUCAAGAUACACAAGAGAACGCACACUGGCGAGAAACCUUUUAGAUGCGAGUUUAAUGGGUGCGACAGGAGGUUCGCGAAUAGCAGUGAUCGAAAGAAGCACAGCCAUGUUCACACCUCGGACAAGCCUUACAAUUGUCGAAUGUCAGGAUGUGACAAGUCCUACACCCAUCCUAGUUCGCUACGCAAACACAUGAAGGUACACGGAUUAUCCGAGAGUAAAGGAGGAGGAUAUGAGAGCGAGGGAGAAGAGAGCAGCAGCAGUGGGGGUAGUCUGUCGGUGACUGGUAAUACGGAAUCGCCCCAGCCACCUCCGGUUCCAACAAGGGCAACUAAUCUUCCACCUACAAGUAGAACUCACGAUCCUUCGAUUCGCGGAGCUACGGAGGUGACGGAAUGGUACUUUUGUCAGACACCGACAGUCGGACCUCAACCAGGAUCUCUACCUGGUCCACCACCGCCGCAUCCUCUUGGUCAUCAUUUCAAUCAAUUGAUAUCUCAUCCAGCAACAGCUUAUUAGGAAAUAUCGAUAGGUCGAAAUUGUGAUCAAGUGAGAAUCUUUCUAAAAUCUCCGUUCCUAUCCGAUUCACCUCAAUCCGAUGAUGUGAUUUCUUGCUGAGGAUAAGUUUCGUCAAAGGAAAUACAAGUGACAAUCAUCUGUCGAUUUUUUCGAAGAUAAUCAUUCGAGGAAAUAUUCAACAAGGACAAGCCUAUGACGAAAUUUUGUACUCAUCAUAUGUACUAUUCGGGCUCCGAUGGCGCUUUAUGAAGCUCAUUUAGAAUGCAUCGCCGUAAGCAUCACUGUAUCUAACGUUUUCAAGAUCAUAUAAAUUUGCAAAAAAUUGAAUGGACAAAUAUUUUUGAGUAAUAUAAAAUAAAUCAUACGAUUUGUUCAUUUGAAAUGUUUAUAAAGUAAUGAUUAUUAAACAAAACAUUUCACAUCAGCAUUACUUUUCUUGCAAAGAGGACAUUUUAUAAUUAAAAUAUUUUUAUUCAAAAUAAAAACAAUUUCAUUAUUUUUAAUAAAAUUACAUAAUCUUUUCAUAUUAAAUGAUUUUUCUUAAUAUUCUGCAUGUAUAAAUAUUAAUGUAAAUUUAAAUGAAAAAUCAGACUUUAAAUUGUUAGACGCAUAUUACACCUACCAAGUUCGAACAACACUUGAAAAAAGUUAGUUAAUUGGAUUAGUCAACAGGAGUACGGAAAUAUAAAUAAAAUAAUGUAUUUUAAGAUUAUUAUGUAUAUAUUACAUCUUUUAUUUUUAUUAUUCAUUUUAUUUCAAUGAUCAAACUUACGAUUUGAUUUUAAUGACUAAUGUUUUAUUUUUAUUUCCGCAUUCCUCUAUAAACACUGCUGACUAAUCCGAUUAACCAACUUUUUCACUUUUAGGUUUCUAAAUACUUAUAUGUACAACUAAAAACUAUAGUUCCUAGAGAGUUUUGUUCACAAUUGAUACUUUUGAUUAGUAUCACAUAAACUAUAACAAAAUUGCAAAUUUAAAAAAUUAACAAAACCCACUGGGAAACAAUUUCCCACACAGCUAUGUGCGAAAUCCUUAUCAAACUCAUCACUUUAAUUAUACGUAUUAAAUUAUACGUUUAAUUAAAGAAUACUAUAUCUAUAUUACUGUACUCGACUAUCAAUAAUCACAUGAUAUUUUCAUUGUCCUCUUCAUUAAUUUUUUAUUUGGUUUCUAGAAGUUAUAUUAAUUAUAAAAUGUCCUUAGAAACAAAAUAAGUUUUUUAAUGAUUUUUUUUUAUAAUUAUUGCUUUUGAUGGUAUUUAAAAUAAAAUUGUACAGUUUCUUGCUUAAUGAAAAAUCAAGGUUUCACAACGUUGGUGAGUAGAUAUAGCGAAUUAAACUAAAUAGAAAAGUUCUGUACUAUUUUGCAAUUUUUACAAUAAUUAAUGAGCUAAUAAUAAAGAUCCAUGAGUAGGCGUCCGUCCAUGCAAAGAGACAGCUCAGCUUUACACACGUUUGUGGUUGCUAGAAGCAUAGUGAGAUGUUUGGAGAUAUGUUUUAUGAAUGACAAUUAUAUGUUACGCACUCCAACGUAGCCACUCAAACCAAUGCCGCCUGUAAACAACUCCCCGCAUGCUUAGCAACGUACAUAACGUUGAAUGGCUGAGCAAUCGCAUUUGCAUCUGCUUGUGAAUCGGACGGAAUAGGUUUCAUUGGACAAUCUUUAAUAAUUAACUUCUUGUUAUUGCAAAAAUCACAAAAAGCGAAAUUUUCUCUUAGUUUAAUACGCUUUACCUGCAUGUUGUGUUAAUAAUUAUCAGUGCUGAUUCACUAAAACAUCCCAGACACAAUGUCCAAAAUCGGGACAUAAGACAUCUUAAAGACGUCUUUGAGAUAUCUUUUAGUCGUGUUUUGGUCAAUUUCUAAAAAAAUGUCUAAACAUCUUUAAACAUCUUAUGAUUAUGACUCGAUUUUGUAGAUUAUGUCGUCUGGGACCACUGUCCAUAGGUUCAUGCAAAGUAAAAAUAAAUUUAUCUGCGUGAUAUAGUAGGAACCCGAGCUAACGAUUAAGUCUAUUAGAAACGCGGUCGGUUUAAUAAAGUAUAUAGAAUUAUUCCGAAAUAAUAUAAAUUUAAGUUAACUUAUACUCAAUUCUAGACGAGUUGCGCAGAGUUGCGCGAUCUGAUGCGCAAGAUUAAUAGACAUGACUCUUGAUGGUGACAAAACUCGUGAUAUUUGUUUAUACGAGGAUUAUUCGGAUAUAAGUUAAAAUUUCAUUUGCUGUGCACUGUUCGUGCACCAGAAAAAAAGUAAUUACACUACAUAGGUUACCAACGAUUCGCGUUCUACGGCCGAAUCGAUCUCUACAUUCAAAAAAUCAUUAUACAUUGAAAGAUGUAAUAUCUGCAAUAUAAUUUUACAUUGCACACCCAAAUAGUGGACAGCACCAAAAUGAAUAAGGUACAGAUUUACAUGUGUCUACUACACGGAUAAAUUUACUUCGUUCUUUUUAUUUAUUUUGUUAAUAAAAAUUUCUGUUUGCUUACACUUUUUACCGAUUUAAAGAAUAGUUCAAUUUGGUGAUGAUUUUCAAAGGAUUUUAAAAACAAGAGUACAAACUCUAUAAAUCAGAAUCAAUGUAUUACGCAUUGAAAACUAGUGAAUAAUCUAAUUUUAGUCCUAUACAUAUAAUUAUAUCAAUCAGUGAUACAUGCACUACCUUUUAACGAUAAUCACUAAUUUUAAUUAGUGAGAGUAUCCCUUUAAUUGAAACCAUUAAAAGAUAAUUAAUAAUCACUGAUGAUAACAGUUAUAAAUAUAGCACUAUAAAUGAAGACUUCACUAAUGUCCAUUUUCACCAAUAUAAAUUAAUUUUGAUCUCGGUUGAACUUACUCUUUGUCAUUUUUUUAGUUUUAAGAAUUACAAAAAAAUGAAGAAUAAGUUAAACUAAAAUCAAAGUUAAUCUAUGUUGGUAAAAAUAAACAUAAUUCAUAUUUAGAGAGAAUGAGCUAAAAUUACAUUAGAAAUAUGAAAAGCGGCAGGAAUAAUUUUAUUUGCGCAAAAAUCCAAUAAUUAAAUUAUUAGUUCGAUAAAUAAUCGGUGCGCAAUUUGUAUAGACCGGAAAUGAUAAAAUUUACACGCAAAAAUUAUUAUUAAACAUUAAGACUCGCUCUAACGGAAUAGAUUCUCUUUGCUUAUUUGUGGUCUUCAUAUAUGUAUAAGUCGAUUUUUACUUAUUAUUGUAAAUUAAAUACACCAUUAUUACAUUUCCAAAUUUCACAUUUACAGUUAAUUCAUCGCUAAAAUUUAAUAAUUACCUUUGUGAUUUUAAUACAGUAUCUCUAAUUAAUUUUUUCAUUAAUGUGUAAACCGUAAUGAGCUAUUCUUAAAUAUAAAAGACUGAAAAUUAAAACACUUUUUUUCGCUUAAUUCUGGUCAUCUAAUGAUAAAUUACUUUUUAAGUUUGCUAUGCUUAAAUAAAAAACAUUUCCAAAAAAUUUUCCUGUACGCUGUGUACAAAAGAAAUUUUGCACAUAGCAUAAUUGUAUCUCUUUCUCUCUUAUUCGCUGUGAUCUGAUAUUGUAUCUGAUGCAUUAUUUAUAUUAAUUUUCAUUAUCUGUGUCUAAAUUUUAUGGAUAUGAUUAUUAUUAUAAAUUUUCUUCAUAUACAUUUUAUUCUAUUUUAAAAUAUUUCGGAAUUUAUAUUAUAUUUUUUUAAUUGCUUAAUUAGUUUCCUAAUUCUAAAUUUGAUCUCUAAAUUAUAAGACUAUUUUAUUUUCUUUAUAAUUCUGGAAAAUAGUACAACUAAAUUAUACUUUAUAUCUUAUGUCCUCGAUUUCUUCAUACGUAAAAUUAAGCUACUUGUAAAGAAACUUGUAAAUAAAUUUCAUUAAUAUAGCAAAAUAUUAUUUGUGAUAUAGGCAUCAACAAUUUCCUCAAAGCAGUUUUGCGCAUUUGAAUAUAUAAAAACGCAUUUUUUGUUGUUUGCGAUCUAGAAUUUAAUUUUCGAUGAUGAAUGUAACUCAUGUAAUAUGCUAAACAAUGUAUUAUAAUAUGCUAAACAAAAGAUAACAGAGCAAACACAGAUAUACAAGCAUAUACAAGCCACACUCGUGCCUCAAUUUAUUAAUCGCCAAGUAGUGCGAGUCUUUUGUUCGUUUACAAAUAAUUUCUCACAUAUAUCUCUCAUAUACUCGAAUCUAAUGGCAAGGCAUGUUAGUAGAAUUAGCAAGAAAAGAGAAAGGAAAAUCGAUCGAUUGCGCUUUAUUUUGGCAAAUGCGAGAUAUAAGUAUUUUGCGAGACUUGGCGGAAAUCUGUACAUAAAGUCAAACGCGUCAACACGAACUAUACGGCAUAAGUGUUCAAUGUAAAAUAUAUAUAAAUAAUUUACAAUUUUUAUUAUGUGUGAUAAUGUAAAUUUUGAAGAUAGAAUGUAACAUUAUUGUGUAAUAAUUAUUUUCGUUGUGUAUAUGCUUAUUAUAUCGGCAAACAAAAAAAUAUCAACCUUUGUCGAAUAUAUUAUUGUACUAUAUUAUAUUUGUUUUGCAGAAGAUCUGAAAUAUAUUGAUAAGACAGUAUAUUGGGAUACGAUCUUACUUAUUUCAUACUUAUACUCUGGUAAUCCUACAUGCACAUAUACUAUAUUUUUUAAUUUAUCAGUAUACAAUAUCGAUAACGAUAUCUGAGAAAUCAAUUUCAUUUUACACAUAUAUACAUAAAAAUUGGUACAUCUGAUAAAAAUAAUUUCAUUGAAAACAUAUGAAACAAUUUGCGUGCACAGAAUCCACACAAAUAAUAAAUUUCUUUGACAAAUAAA